AUGACCUCGCUCUUCUUCCUCCUCAACCUUACCAUCUUCACCAUCAUUCUCACCUCCCGUCUUGGUUCUCAGAGUAAACCAGAAGAACAGCAACACCACCACCAGCAGCUUGAGCAAGUUCCGUCCUUUCUCAACCGAGUAAGGUCGUUCAACUUCUCGCUCUACAAGUUCGAGCAACCCAACGCCGCAGACCCAGUCACCGAGUUUUUCCAACCCGCAGGCGUUCUCGAUCACGUCGAAAUUCCGUACCAGAACCCGGAUCCCCCUUCGAAGACACAACUCGCCAGGUCUCCUUCCCUCUUGGAGCGCCUCAAGUCCAUCAACCUCUACUCUCUCUACUCAUCCGACUCGUCCGCAAUGGAAUCGGAAAAUAUUCACCCCACGGAGCCCGACCAAGGCACUCGGAAUCUGAAAGUGGACACUGACAACAUGUUCAAGCGAAGCAACUCGGACCAGGGCGUCAGAGUUCCUGAAAGACCGGCGGUGGAGAAUAUGAAGAAGUCUGCGAGCGAGAAGUCCGAGUUAGGUAGCUCGGAGGAGAUCAAGAUAUGGAGAGCCUUGCCGGACGAAGAGGUGGACGCGAAGGCGGAUGAUUUCAUCAACAGGUUUAAGCAGCAGCUGAGGUUGCAGCGCCUCGAGUCUCUCCUGCGUUACCGGGAGUUGCUGAACAGAAAUAAUUAG